AUGGGGACAAACGGCCCCGGUGCUUCAGUUGCAGGGCGCUUGGGGCCGGUUGCUGGCCCCGGGCCAAGCACUGACAGCCGCGUCCCGCCCGCAGGGAUGGCGCAGGAGGCCCUGCAGGAGCAGUACUGGCUGGGAUCGCUGCUGGGGCAUGGCGGCUUCGGCAGUGUCUUCGCGGCCACGCGGCUCUCGGACGGCGCCCAGGUGGCCAUCAAACGCGUGCCGCGGGAUCGCAUCCAGCACUGGGGCGAGCUGCCCGACAGCGCCAGCGCCCCGCUGGAGAUCGUGCUGCUGGACAAUGUGUCCCGUGGCUGUUCCGGUGUCAUUCAGCUCCUGGAGUGGCUUGAGCUCCCCGACAGCUUCCUGCUGGUGCUGGAGCAUCCGGAGCGGUGCCAGGAGCUCUCAGGUGUCCUGGCGGAGCGGGGCUUCCUGCCGGAGGAGGAGGCGCGGGCACUGUUCCGUCAGGGGCUGGAGGCCAUGCGGCACUGCACUAGCUGCGGGGUCCUGCACCGGGACAUCAAGCCUAAGAACAUUCUGCUCGACCUGGCCAGCGGGCAGCUGAAACUCAUCGUUGGCUGUGGCGCCUUCCUCCAAGACACAGUCUACACCCAGUUUGCAGGAACCCUGUCCUACAGCCCACCAGAUUGGAUCCAGCUCCAAUGCUACCACAGCGAGGCAGCCACAAUCUGGUCCCUGGGCCUCCUGCUGUGCCAACUGGUCAUGGGGAAGCACCCGUUCAGGAGGGCCCAGGAGAUCAUCCGGGGGCGGAUCUUGUUCCCACGGUUCCUCUUCCCAGAGUGCCAGAGUAUCAUUAAGAGGUGUUUGUCCAUGCAACCCUCGGACAGGCCAUCCUUAGAAGAGCUUUUCUGUCAUCCUUGGGUGCAGGGUGUUCCUCUGCCCUAG